UUUGAAACAACCGUUCACGUCGGUUGGGUAGUGCAAUUUUCUUUAAAACUAGGAGAAGUCGUGAAGCAAAACCUCCAAGUGAAGCAAAACCCUAGAUCUCUCUCUCUCUAAAAUUUGUCUCCAAGAAACUCUGCAAUUGAUAUCGUCGCAAUUGAUUCUCUAUUUUCUACCUCCUGUUCAUUUUUUUUCUCAAAAUCCGAAACCCUAAUAGCAAAUAAAGAAACUCUCCAUUAGCUCUCUCCAUUGUCAUUGACCGCGCCACAGUUCCCUUGAAGGACCAGCUUUAUUGAGCGGCAGUAGGAGCCCUGUAGAACGUCAGAUUCAUUAUGAAAAAUCUUUCAUGUUAAAAUUUGGAACAGAUUUUCUGAACUGAUUAUUUCCAUGCUCUAUCCAGCUUAUCCAAACAAGAAGAUAUGUAUGAUAAUCUGGGAACGCAGCCUGGACUGCCAAGAGCACCAACAAACCCACAACAAAAUCCAUUUGAGAAUUCAUUCUAUGGAGCUGGUUCAGGACUAAUCAGAGGUGGACUGGGUGCUUAUGGAGAGAAAAUUUUAGGAUCAAGCUCUGAGUAUGUGCAAAGCAAUAUAAGUAGGUAUUUCUCUGAUCCUCAAUACUAUUUCCAAGUCAAUGACCACUAUGUGAGGAACAAAUUAAAGGUUGUUCUUUUCCCGUUCCUGCACAGGGGCCAUUGGACAAGGAUAACAGAGCCAGUAGGUGGCAGGCUCUCCUAUAAGCCCCCGAUCUAUGAUAUCAAUGCUCCAGAUUUGUAUAUUCCAUUUAUGGCAUUUGGUACCUAUGUCAUUCUUGCUGGCUUCUCAUUGGGUAUUCAUGGAAAGUUUAGCCCAGAAGCUUUGAACUGGCUAUUCAUCAAGGGGUUGGUGGGCUGGUUUUUGCAAGUUUCACUGCUGAAAAUGUCACUGUUUUCACUUGGUGGCGGGGAGGCGCCAUUGCUGGACAUUGUGGCCUAUGGUGGGUAUAGUUUCAUAGGGAUGUGUCUGGCUGCCCUGGGAAGAAUCUUGUGGGGCUACUCGUACUACUUUUUGAUGCCAUGGACAUGCUUAUGCAUGGGUAUCUUUUUGGUGAAGACAAUGAAGAGGGUUCUGUUUGCAGAGGCAAGGAGUUCUGAUUCAAGCAAGCAUCAUUACCUCUUGCUCUUUAUUGCUUUAGCUCAGUUCCCACUUUUCUUUUGGCUUGGUAACAUCAGUGUUCGUUUGCUUUUUUAGACUGCAUCUCUCGUGUUGUUGGAAACAAUUCGUUCCAUGUCUAUAGUAUUCUUGAAAGUGUUGCAGGCAAUCUUUCACUAUUGUGUUGGUGAUUUGUUUUGAUUUCUGAUUUUGGUUUACUCAUCAUGUCUAUAUCCUCCUGGACACAGUACUACUGAUUAGACAACUAGGAAAAAGUUCUGUACUUUUUGGUGAUCAGAAAGACGCAAGGUUUUCGUGUUCCAGAAAGGUUGAAAAGGAUUAACCUUUGUCCAGUUUUCAUGCAUUCUAUUUUGAAAGAGGAAGUUUAUUAAACUUUUGGAUCCGAGAAAGCAACACGGGCUUCUUAUUUUGGACCUCCGUUGGAUUGGCAGGAGGCCCAAAGUUGGGCGAAUGGCAAGUGCAUCUGGGCCUUAAUGGACCCAGUCCUAGCACCAGAGGGCUAGAGCUGUUAUAAUGGUCCUUUGUUGGGCUAGACAUUGGGUCCAUAGGCCAAAAUUGUAAUAUUGGUUACAUAUGCCGACUUGUUCGAUUUAUAUGAAAUUUUAUUUUUUCGGUAA